CGUUUGGUUGGGUCCGCUGGAGUGCGCCGAGUUCAGAGCGAAAAUCUGCGUUGAGUCUGAAUGGCUCAGCAUUGGACUAAUGGCUUGUCCUUCCCACACAACUUUUCCGUUUUAACUUCGUCAGGGAAAUGAUUUCAUUACUGACAGUUGCUUGUUUUGGCGUGUUGCACCUCGAAAUUGAGCAAACCAGUUGCCGGUGGCUUUACCUGCUCUGAUAAGGAUAACUUACAGACAACUGCUGCAUGAUACACUCUAACCAGACUGACUUCCCUUUAAACUCACACAGAAGAGCAGAUCAGGACUAAACAUUUAAUGUUACAGGGCAUACAGUUAGUGAAGCGUUGCGCAGCAGCACAGUGGCUCCCCCCUCAGGCCAGUCGCAGUACUGCAGCAGCACAUCUGCUUCAUGGCCACAAGUCCGAAACUCUGGAGUACAUAUGACUGUUACCAAACGGUGAGAAGGUAAACUUACAAUCAGGAGGCAGUGAGGUGAUGCAAAAGACGUAUGACAUGGAGGUCAAAAGUCACCUGAUAACAGGCCCUGAGCUGCAGGACAGUAAGCAGCAUGCGGAGCGGAUGGUGGAGCUGCAGGAGCGUCGGAGAAGUCUGCAGUCGCUGCUCAACACUCGAUUAGCAGAACUCAAACGCGUGUGUCUGCAGGAGGCGGAAUUGACAGGUGAAGUUCCUCAUGAAUAUCCUCUGGAAAUCGGCGAGAAAGUCCCUCAUGUACGGCGCAGGGCUGGUCUGUCCCGCGGCGGCUCCAAACAUAACACGAAAAAUGAGGAAGAGGACGCCUCUCAGCGCAAGAUAAAGAAAACUCUGUUCAGCGGCGCCCUCCGCAGGCACGUCGAUUCAGAACAGCAUCCUCCACACAGCAAACGAACGGUUCAUAGAGGAUGCCACACAGAUAACACAGUGAAGUCAGAGAGCAGCUCCACGUCAGAUUCCACCAAUCAGGACACUGAAGACGCCUCUGAUGGCCUGUCACCCUCACGUCCCCGGCUGGUCUCGGGGAGCCCAGACAACAGGUUUUCUCGAAAACUCUCCCCUGUGGAGAUCUAUUACGAGAUGAAAACUCGCCGCAACUCUGUGGCCAGCUCAGCCAGCCCGAGUCACUCUCUACCAAGAAGUGUGUCGAAUCUGGAAGGUAGAAGUGUACCGGCAACACCGCUCUUGUCCCGCAAUGGAAUAACAGGAGUGCACAUCAGGUCAGAAUUAUCUAGCGGCACUGCUGCUGUGAAGCAGUGGUCAGACAAUCCCGAGGCGCCCCAGCAGGUGCCUCUGCAGUCUCAGGAGGGGUCCUCUGCAGGGUCCUACGAGCAAGGGCACAGACGAAGCAAUAGCUCCGAGACAUUACUCGACCGGCACGGCACUGCGGUGGAGGAGGGAGGUCAAAGGUUAGGCAUGCCUGUACGAAACGGCCCGUACAAGAGCUCAGAAGCACUCAUGGACGCAACUUUAAAACAGGCACAGCGGAGCAGCCCCGAACGGCAGGUAAACGGACACACCGAACUGGCCCGCGUUCGCUCGGCUGUGGGAGGUCGAGGAACGAACGGAGGUGGCGGUUACAGUGAGAUCCUCAUGGAUUAUGUUUGGGGAAAACAACAGAAGAUGCAAGCUCAGCAACAGCAAAGACUUCAGGUCCAAAAUAGUGCAAAAACCCGGCCGUGGCCUGAAGGUCCCAAUGCUCCACCGCCUCCCUACAGGAACGGCUUCCCCCAAUCGCAGCAGCUUAUCCUAGGUAACGGCCCUCCGGCCUACAGCCCGCUAAUGCUGAGAGGGAAGCCCGGCGAGCCUCGGAGGGUCAAAGUGACACGCACCAAAUCCUGCGGCCCGUUCGUUCCCUUACAGCAGCACCAGCAAGAGUCCAUCCUGCUCUCUGCCUACACCGAAACCAACACUGCCAAUGGUAUCGGCAGUAAUGCAAUGCAUAAUCAGCAGAUAGACCACCCACACAGACCGCCUCACUACCCAAUCGAGUCCUCCGCACCCAAAUCCCCCGAUGACCCCACACGCAGCCUACACAAGGCCUUGGCUCUGGAGGGCUUGAGAGACUGGUAUCUGCGGAACGCACUGGGACAGACAGCCAAUGGAGGGAAGGGCAAAGAGGGGACACAGACUCAGCGCAGGCGUACCACGUCCUCUCUGCACAACUCGCACCCCCAUCCGCCCCUAAAACACCAGCCACAGUCCUUUCAAACGGACACGUCCUAUCCACAGAUGCCCCAGUCGGCCACGUUUCAUGGUCACCCUCUACACGGCAGGUCGAUGGAGCUUUCAUUGUACCAAGAUACCUUUUCAUCUAAAAUGCAGGAGAUGACACUUAAAGAGACUAGUAAUGACAGACCCACGCCAGGCACGCUGGUCUGACACACACACUCAUGCAAACUCAAAGAGACUACAGCAAACACCAGCUUACCUGUGUAUGGAAUGGCAGAAAGAAUGCCAUAGUGGACUUUCAAAGAGACUUUUUGCUUCCUUUCAGCAGUUAGAAUUGAAUAAUUCUGACAGAAAUCAGCCUAGCAUCCUUGUAAUUCUAAUAUAUGCUAAGCUACCACUGACAUGGGACAAACACUUGUACUCAAGACCCUUUUCAGCAUGAGAUCAAGCUGUCUUCUAGUUUCACAUCUUUUCUCGGUUCCCGUAGACUUUUUAAAUAGUUCAGUAAAUUUCCCUUUUAAUCAGCAAAAGGUUAGUCAGAGAAAAGAUACAAUAUGUCACCAUAUUUCUAUUAGUAAACAAUAAUGCGAGUUCAUUCUAUCAAACUAUUUCUAGCCUUGGUAUAGAUUUGUCACAAAACAGUGAAAAAAAUUUUUUGUUGUUCAUGAGAAUCCAGUAUAGGUCGCUGGUGAGACCUUCCCAAACAGUACUGGACAUUUGAGGCCCUUUGAAAAAAAAAUCAGGAUCUUCUUAAUGUUUUAAUGAAAAUAUUUCUAUGCAAAUUACAAUCAAGAAGACUGUGUUUAGACAAAAUUAAUUCCUUUUUUGUCAUUCUGAGUAGCAAUUUUAAAAUGUGCAGGAGAAAAAAAACAAGCCAAAUCUUAAACUCUGAUGGACUGUUAAAGAGUCAGUGACUCACAGUAUUUCAUGAAAUGUAUAAGUCUGUUAGUAUCUUUAUUACUAAUGUGGAAGAGUAUAAAUGUGCUCAUUCAGGAUGAUGACAUUUAAAGGGAUAGUUCACCCAAAAAUGAAAAUUAUGUCAUCAUUUACUCACCCUCAAGUUCCAAACCUGUAUGAGUUUCUUUGUUCUGCUGGUCCCCAUUGACUUCCAUAGUACGAAAAAAAAAAUACUAUGGAAGUCAAACUGUUUGGUUACCAACAGUCUUCAAAAUGUCUUCUUUUGUGUUUAACAAAACAGAGAAACUAGGUUUAAAUACAGGUUUAAAACAACUUGAGUGUGAGUAAAUUUUCAAUUUUGGGUGAACUAUCCCUUUAAGAAUGGCACAAAGGUCGCUGUGCGGCUCAAACAACAUCUUUAUCUGUAUCACAUGUAUUUAUGAUGGUUUCUAUUUCCUCAGGCUCUAGUUAUAUACCAGUAUUACUAAAGAAAAUUCACGGGUAGAAUAAAGUAAAAAUGACAUUUGAUGUAUUAAAAAAUUGCAUUUCUUCAGAAAGGGUGAAUCUCAAGAAACCUGUCAAGAACACAUUUCACUCAAAAAUCAAAAGAAAAAUAUAUUUUUUAAAACAAUUGUUUUAGGUCUCAUUAUGACAUUACUUGACAAUAUAGCACCAGCCAAAUUCUCAUUACUGUAAUAGAAGAAAAUAAUCAUGGAUUUAAGGAUCAUCGUAGUAUUUAUUGUGCUGGAUUUAUGCUGAUUUAAAAAAGGAUCCUUUCAGGACAGGAUAAAUUUUAAUUACUGUAAUGAAAAUUUAAUGGGAAUGAUCAUUGAGAAUAAUGAGAAAUAUAAAAAAGCUCAAAAACAAAACACCAGGAUGCAUUAGUAAUGAGAAUGUGGGAGGGAAAUGUGCAUAAUGUCACACAAAAAACAUGGGUCUUAAAAAUAGAGUUCCUUUUCUUUAGAGAAAAUAUCAUUUUGAAAAAUAUUAUGAAAAUAUAUAUUGAUAUUGGGGUGAAAUAUGACUGUUUCCACACUGUAAACCCGAAUAAGUUGGCUAAACUCAAAAAAUUUGAAUGCCAUGGGCAAAGCAUGCUGGGAAAUAGACAUCCAAGCCCAGUUUUAGUUAAACUUAAAGGGUUAGUUCACCCAAAAAUGAAAAUUAUGUUAUUAAUUACUCACUCUCAUAUCGUUCCAAACCCGUAAGACCUUCACAACACAAAUUAAGAUAUUUUUAAUAUAAUCCGAUGGCUCAGUGAGGCCUCCACUGAGAGAAAGUUAAUUUAGACUUUUAAAAGCCCAGAAAGCUACUGAAGACAUAUUUAAAACAGUUCAUGUGACUACAGUGGUUCAACCUUAAUGUUAUGAAGCGACGAGAAUACUUUUUGUGCACCAAAAAAAAAAAAAAAAAACGACUUUAUUCAACAAUAUCUAGUGAUGGGCGAUUUCAAAACACUGCAUCAUGAAGUUUCAAAGCUUUACGAAUCUUUUGUUUCGAAUCAGUGGUUUGGAGCGCGUAUCAAACAAUGUCAAACUGCCAAAGUAUUCUCGUCGCUGUAUAAUAUUAAGGUUGAACCACUGUAGUCACAUGAUCUGUUUUAAAUAUGUUUUUAGUAGCUUUCUGGACGUUUGAAAGUCUAAGUUAACUUGCUCUCAAUGCAGGCCUCACGAGCCAACGGAUUUUAUCAAAAAUAUCUUAAUUUGUGUUCUAAAGAUGAACGAAGGUCUUACGGGUGUAGAACGACAUGAGGGUGAGUAAUUAAAGACAGAAUUUUCAUUUUUCGGUGAACUAACCCUUUAAGUUCAUCUAAAUUAAUAGAAAUAAGUUCAUAAAACUCAAAACAAUGAAACAGUUAAGUUUACUUAAAAUAUAUCAGUUCUGUGAACUUAAAAGAAAAAGAAAGUGCUAAAUACUCAUAAAAGUUCAUUUGACUGAACUGAUUUGUUGAAUUUAAGUUUGGGCAACUCAAACCAAUUAAUUAUUUUGAGCGUUAGGGUUUACAGUGAGACACUCCCUAGUACUAUCAGGUUUUUAUAACAACGACCACUAGGAGGAGCCCCAAUAUCUGUUUUCAGGGGAUUCUGGAUCCAUUCAAAUCAUCAGCACCCACUGCAGACGCAUGCAAAGCAUCCUGCCAGGUGCAGUGCUUGUCGCAAGAAUCACCAGCUUCUUGUGUAUAGCGCCUUAAUUGCAAUUGUUCAUUGUUUUUCCUAUCGGAUUGACUGCAGAUGUCAAUAUUUACUGUAUCUCUCAGUAAUUAGAUUGCAUGAAAUGAAAAGGAUUAAUUAACCAAACCGGGACUUUGCCAAGAGUCGUAAUUUCUCCUUUAGAAUUUAUUUGAUGAACUGUGAUACUCAGAAUGUGGCGUUGCCUACUAAUGCCAGGAUGCCAACCUUUGACCAUUGUGCCUAGCAAAUGCGGCGUAGAAGACUUUACUAAGCUAACAAAUGUGUAUUUCUCACAGCCAAUUUAAAUAAAGAAUUUGGCUCCUGCUUAUAUAAACUACCACCAGAUUUUAUGCUCUCUCUUUAGGAAUGAAAAAAUAACUAAAAACAGGCAUUUGGAUUGCUGGCUAAUCCAUUCUAAUAGAUGUAGUCUGCUGUUUCUAGUGUUAGUGCUCCCUUCUGGAAAAAAACAAACAAAAAAACAUUGAUGUACCAAUGCAUGCGGGUAUCUGUUCUUCUUUAUUCCCUCUAAGAAUCGUCUGUUGUUCCCUGAUACUUUUCUGUUCAUUGUGUUAUCAUUGGUAGGUCUUGAAAUGCUUCAUGUCAGAUGCCUUCACCGUGAAUAUAUCUGUAGAAUAUAAAGCUGAGAGUUGAACUCACUGAAGCAAUCGAAACUUUCUCAGAUACUCUGACACCAAAUGCUGCCGUGCUUGUCUCAGGACUACACUGAAAGCUGCUUUGAUUGUGGUCUGUCCAUUUGAAAUCAACACCACUGAUGCAUGGGAGUGUCACUAAUAGAAACUUUUUUCUUUUCUUUUGUUUUCUUUUCUUUUUUAAUAAAAACAGACUUUAACACAAGUGACCCGUGAGAAGAUUACCGAAUGUUUAUGAUGCUUGUAAAACCUUGCUGAGGACAUUUAAGGUCAUCUAUGUCAAAUGUUUUUAUCGUUUUGAAAGAAAUAUGUUGAUAACAUAGAACCAUUAUCAGAUAAUGAUCUAAAGGAUGAUGAAUAUGAAGGAUAACAGCCUUUUAUUUUUGAUUAAAGACAUAAUAAUAACUAUUGAUUUAAACUGAUAACAUUGAAGGCAAAUAAAACCAAUGAAGUUUAUGAUAUCUGUUUUGCUUCUUCAUCAUGGUACCAAAUGCUAACAAUUUUUAAAGAUGUUCCCUCCAUGUUUUGGAUACUACUGUUCCAAUUUUAAAAUUCCUUAUCCAAAACCUCUUUAAUUGCCAUUUUCCUGAUCACGUGUUUUGGAAGAAACCUCUCCAGGCUGUGUAUAAUUUGCUGUUUUCUCCUUGGUUUUUAACAUUUUAUAUCUCUAUUGGGAAAAAAUCUAAUUAAAAAACCAAGAAUGUACAAAGUUUGUUUUUAAUAAAGUGUUUUUUGGUCAGA